AUGUGCAGUAGCCUUGAAGGAAACGGCUUCACGGGCUCCUUGCCAGACUUCUCGCUCUGGACAGGCAGCUUUGCAACGCUAUCAAGGAGCUGGCAUACGCUAGCACCUAGCAGCACCUGGUGCCUCAUGCGCUCUGCCCUUGCCAUACCUCAUGCGCUCUGCCCUUGCCAUACCUCAUGCGCUCUGCCCUUGCCAUACCCCAUGCGCUCUGCCCUUGCCAUACGCCAUGCGCUCUGCCCUUGCCAUACCUCAUGCGCUCUGCCCUUGCCAUACCUCAUGCGCUCUGUUCUUGCCAUACCUCAUGCGCUCUGCCCUUGCCAUACCUCAUGCGCUCUGCCCUUGCCAUACCUCAUGCGCUCUGCCCUUGCCAUACCUCAUACGCUCUGCCCUUGCCAUACCCCAUGUGCUCUGCCCUUGCCAUACCUCAUGCGCUCUGCCCUUGCCAUACCCCAUGCGCUCUGCCCUUGCCAUAUCUCAUGCGCUCUGCCCUUGCCAUACCUCAUGCGCUCUGCCCUUGCCAUACCUCAUGCGCUCUGCGCUUGCCAUACCUCAUGCGCUCUGCCCUUGCCAUACCUCAUGCGCUCUGCCCUUGCCAUACCUCAUGCGCUCUGCCCUUGCCAUACCUCAUGCGCUCUGUUCUUGCCAUACCUCAUACGCUCUGCCCUUGCCAUACCUCAUGCGCUCUGCCCUUGCCAUACCCCAUGCGCUCUGCCCUUGCCAUAUCUCAUGCGCUCUGCCCUUGCCAUACCUCAUGCGCUCUGCCCUUGCCAUACCUCAUGCGCUCUGCCCUUGCCAUACCUCAUGCGCUCUACCCUUGCCAUACCUCAUGCGCUCUGCCCUUGCCAUACCUCAUGCGCUCUGCCCUUGUUAUACCUCAUGCGCUCUGUUCUUGCCAUACCUCAUGCGCUCUGCCCUUGCCAUACCUCAUGCGCUCUGCCCUUGCCAUACCUCAUGCGCUCUGCCCUUGCCAUACCUCAUGCGCUCUGUUCUUGCCCUUGCCAUACCUCAUACGCUCUGCCCUUGCCGUACCUCAUACGCUCUGCCCUUGUCAUACCUCAUACGCUCUGCCCUUGCCGUACCUCAUACGCUCUGCCCUUGCCAUACCUCAUACGCUCUGCCCUUGCCGUACCUCAUACGCUCUGCCCUUGCCGUACCUCAUGCGCUCUGCCCUUGCCGUACCUCGGCAGCAUCCUCGACAACAACCAACUGACGGAAACCAUUCCAGCUGCCAUCUUCAACAUGACCUACAAUCUCUCUGUCGCUUCCAUUCUCCUCCCUAUGCGCCCCUCCAUACUCCCUUCCAUACUCCCAUCCGUUCUCUCCAGCUAUCUGGCCAACAACCGUCUGAGCGGCAGUCUGCUGUCUGCCAUCAGUCACCUGGAGAAGCUGCAACAGAUUGAGGGGGAGCGUGUUGCGCAGCAGGGGAGGCAAGGGGAGCCAUUGGGGCAAGGGGAUGUGCAUGGCAGCGAAAUGAGCCAUUGGGGCAAGGGCGCGGGGCGGCUUGACGUUUUCUCACUGGCUGGACAACAACAGCAUCGAGGGCCCUCUGCCAUCCGCCAUUUGCCCGCUGCGCUGGCUGUGGCGCAUGUGAGUGGCUGUGGCGCAUUGGGUGUGGCGCAUGUGAGUGGGUGUGGCGCAUGUGAGUGGGUGUGGCGCAUCGACUUGAGCGAGCGGCAACAGCCUGAUGUUGCUUACUUCGCUGACAGCGUGGCCCUCAUCAACCCUGUACGGGCGUGUGAACCGCAACUUCAACAGCAUGGUGGCGGACAGCGAAGCCCUCAUCAACCUCGCACACAACUUCUUCUACGGAGACGCCGCGCUCUUUGCCGCGGGUUGCCAGGCAAGGGCACCAGGGGGAGCCUCACAGGCAACUGCCUGACCCUCAAACGGGAUGUCACGUGCCCGUCCAACGCUACUCAGCGCAGCACGGCAGCCUGCCAGGCGUUCUGCACCAUCACGGACAACGGCCCGUGUGAUGGCCGUGGGGCGUGCAUGCCACCUACCCUGGACGCCCCGGCCAACUUCACAUGCAUGUGCGAUGUUGGGUACUCCUCCGUGGACCUGGGCAACGGCUCCACCUGCGCCAUCCUCAACUCCACCACCACUGCUGUGUCGUCGCUGUCAACAGGUGCCAUCGUAAGCAUUGUUGUGGGGUGCUUUGCCGGGUUCACUCUGCUCACUGCUGUGCUCGCCUGGCUACUGUGGCCCCGUGGACACAGUGAGACCGCCAACACUGCUCCCAUGCCAUCCCUCCAUUCUUACACCUCUUUCCCGUUCGCCCUGCACCCCUGCCCUACCCAUGCCUGCACUACAACUCACCCUCCCUGCCGCCCCCACUUCUGCAUUCUUGCUGCCUACAUCACAUACCACAGCAACUGUGCAGACACACCAGCACAGGGCCUUGCGUGCGCAGCAGACAGCCCUCAGAAGACCGACGCCGUGUGCUCUGCCUUCUGCGGGGUCUCUCCCUCUUCCCCUGCCUGCAACGGCCAUGGCGUGUGCUUCUUGGACGGCCCCAGCAGCACGCCCACAUGCAUCUGUGACGAAAACUUCGUGAUUGGGGAGUAUCAUGGCAGCUGCGUGUCUGUGACAGGUGGUAAGACGGAGCAGCAGCAAACUCCCACAAAAUCCAUGCUCACAGCCACUGGCGACGCGACAGUGGACGCAACACCCACGCUCACUCUCACGCCCGCCCAGCCGUCCAAGGCUGGUAGUGUGUUCCUGGCAGCGCGCGUGCCGCUCUUCUCCUACCAGCUCAUCGGGGACACCUGCGGCCGCGAGCUCGCCUUUUCCUCCUCCUUCUCCUUCACUCUUACCCGCGCCGCUGCUUCUGGCUCUAAGGGCUUUGCCUUUGUGGUGGCCUUUGAUGCCACCCCGCCCACAACACCGGUGGUGGGUGGCAUGGGGUAUGUGGGGAUGGGAGCCCGCAGCGUGGCAGUAGAGUUUGACACAUCCAAGGAUGCGGGCAACAGCGACCCUGACAGCAACCACGUGGGCAUCAAUACUGGCGGCAGUGUCACGUCUGUGGUAACCGCCAAGCCCAGCACCCCUCUCAAUGACGGCAAGCCCAAGCACGUGUGGAUCAAGUAUGACCCUUCCUCCAGUGGCUCCCUGCUCGUCUUCCUCUCCUCCAAGGCAUCCCCUCGCCCCACCAUCCCCCUCCUGUCGGCACGCAUCUCCCUGUGCGAGGAGCUCGCCCCCUCCCCGUCGGAGUACACCUUUGCCAUCGGCUUCACUGCUGCCUCGGGCACCCAGGCUCAAAGCCAUGUCGUCUCCGCCUGGACCCUCUCGACCUCUGAGCGCACCCAUGCAUCCUUUCUUGUCUCUCACUUGUUGUUCCUGCCUUGUGUUUUUUGGUAA